AUGGACCCAGAGCUGCCUGCUCCCUCCGACGAGCCAUGGAACUACUCGCUCGUCGCCUUCGUCCUCGCCUACGACGAGGCUCCUCCUCCUGCCCCUCCUCAAGACCCGUCGCCCAGCUCCGGAGCCCCCGCCGCCCCCGCCGUGCCCAGCUCGAGCCAGGCUGAAGAGCGGCAACGCGACCCUCGUAACCGCUGGACGCCUCUCGAGCAUGCUCGCUUCGUCAAGGCCCUGCGCGCCUACCAGUCGACGACGAGUACGAGCGAGACCAGCGACGGAGGACGAGGAGCGGUGCUGGGGCCCGGGGUCGCGCGGAAGAUCGCCGAGUACGUCAAGACUCGCACGGAGUCGCAGGUGCGAUCGCAUGCGCAGAAGUACUUCCGUCAGCUGCAGAAGGACCGGGAGGAGGGGAGACCCGCGGGGAGAGGUCAAGACGGAGCGGGAGAGAGCUGA